AUGAGUUCAGAUGAUGAGAGAGGAAGUAUACAGAAUAGCCCCGCUCAUGAUGAGGAAACCAGAAUAAAUGACCAGGACGACUCCGCCGGCCAGCAAGAUAACAACAACAACGACAACAACAAUGACCCCGAUGAGAUGGAAGAUUACGUCGACGAAGACGAAGGGGAAGAAGAAGAAUACGAAGACGACGAAGACCAGAUCCUCAGUAUGGGCCGUCACAAGAAAUCCAGCAGUGAGCCCCGCCAAAAUGACUACCAUGUGUCCGACAGUCAUAAUAAUGAUAAUGCUACUGGGGGAAGUAGAAAAGAUCGGGGGUUACGUGAAGAAGGCGACAGAUACACCAUUGAUGACGACAGCAGUGCCACUAAAAAAAGAGAAAUGUUGGAAAAACGUCUUGAUGAGGCGAUCAAGCUGGGAAACUCGCGCCGUCGUAAGAAGAAUGGUGAUAUCGAUCUUGAGCAAAUGCAAGAUGCCCAAAUCCAAGGGUUGAAAAAUCAAAUGCAAGAAGUGGCCUUUGAAGACGCCAGAUGUAUCGAUGAGAAAUCCGGGGUUGCCAUGAACAAAUUGAAACUAUUGCCAAAGGUCAAGGAGGUGUUGCUCAGAAAAAACUUGGCCGAUUCGAUUUUGGAUAACAAUUUGUUGGAAAGUGUCCGAGUAUGGUUAGAACCGUUACCAGAUGGAUCAUUGCCAGCGUACGAGAUCCAGAAAGUGAUUUUCAGCUCGCUAUUGGAGUUACCAAUUAAAACCAUUCAUCUUCGAGAAUCAGGGUUGGGUAAAGUUGUGUUAUUUUAUCAGAAAUCCAAAAGGGUAGAGCCGGGAUUGAAGAGAAUUGCCGAUAAGCUUGUUGGGAAUUGGACUAGACCGAUCUUGAACUUGUCAGACAAUUACCAUGAUAAGAUUAUUCAGCAAGAAAGUUUUGAUAUCGACAGAUUGAUCGAAGCGAGAAAGAGAAAAGUUGGCGACACCGCGAACCUCGAUCGUACUACGUAUGAAGAGAAUGCUGCCAGAAGAAAAAGAGCUGCAGCACCACAACCAAGAGCUACGGCCUACAAGGUUGCUCCUAAGGUUAAUAUGGCUAGGGAAAUGACUUCUGCCCAACGAAUGGCGGCGGCGGGGAUUGGUGCAAGUUUGAGUAGAGAUGAUCAAUAUCGAAGACUUAAUGGUAAGAUGUUGAACAGGGGCGGGAAAAGACUGGCGAAAAAGUCAGGGGUGUCGAUCGAAGGGCGUAACCUUCCUUUAUAA